AUGUGGUUCAUCUGGGUCGAGAGCGCCCAGGACCGUUUCGUCCAGAUGCUGAAGACGGCGAAUCGGGUGCAUGGAUCGCACGCGGCCGGGACGAUGGACAGCGUCGACAUCGCACCAGCUUUCGUGGGUUCAAAUCCGUGCAUGGGCGGCGCAGGCAGCGGGUUCGACGAGCUCGAUCUCGUGCAGCUCGCCAGCGCGGACCGUCCGUCACCAACAGCGGGCUGGGAGCCCGACAGCUUCUUUGAGACUUACGUCCGCGACUUGAUGGACUUCAAUUUUCUCGUCGACUGCUCGCUGGGCGCGAGGUUUGGAGACGGGUUACCGCUGAACGAGGCAACGCAGAUAAUAGAGGCCAAGCUCGCGCUGGAGCAGCUGCUCUCCCAGCGGUUACUCGACUGCAGGAUCGGCUGGGAGUGGGUGGCUUGGGACGCCGAGACCGGGCAUUGCCUCGCGGGGUAUUCCUAUGCGUUCCAGCGGGUAGAGCGCGACACCUUGAGGCAGUUCUCCUCAACGCCGCCCAGCUGGCACGAGAUGAAGAUUUCACCGUGCUGGGCGACGUCAAUCCGCGGCGCAUGUAUUGCAGCCCAGGGCAGGGCCCGCACCGAUCGGCCUGACCUGAGCAGCGUGCUGUUCGGGCCGCUGGGGACUGACCGGAAGGCAGAUGAGUGGGUGGACCAAGCCGUGAUGGAGGACGACUUGACGAUCCGCCCUACCCGGCGCGCUGCAUUAGAAUUAUUCGGCUUUCUGGGCCCUGCGAUGCUGGCCCGGCCCUGCAACGCGCUGCUGAGGCAAGCGGAGUUUGUCGGUUUCGCCACUUGGCUCCGCAGCUCCAAGGGCGCCAGCCCGAGAAUGGGCGAACGGGCGCUCAGUGCGGCUGGGGACCGCGAGGACUACACUUGCACGCAGUCAUGGACCAGGUCAGACAACUUCCGCGCCGCAUGCCGCCGAUGGAGUGGGCAGACCAACGGGGAGCUGCUGGCUCACUUGGGGCGGAACGUGGCCCUGGAGUCGAGUGGCGCCGAGGCCAGACAGGUUCUGUCGGAGAUGGCUGCGGAGCUGUCCGACCUCGUGGGCCGCGCGCUGGCCCAGCCCCGUUGCCGCGGGCCGGCGCUGUCGCGCCCGCUGCUCGAGCGGUGCGCCGGGAACGACGACGCGAGGCGACGAAGGGUGCCGCGGUCAAUUAGUUCAAGCAAGCAGCGGCGCCCCGACAAGGUGCCCGUCCUGCUGGAUUUCGCGCGGCACCUCGUCGCCGAGCACCUGGCGCGCUCGGAAUUAGCGUUUCGCGGCACGCGUGACGGUUUUGACUUCGGACCAGAUCCGCUCGAGCCGCUGCUGGGCGCCGCGCGCUCGAGCUGCGUGCCGGAGACUGCGGAGCUGCUGGACGUCGGCCGGAUCAUGUGCCGGGCUGGCAGGGCCGCGAGCUCAUCUGCGUGCAGGUUGGUACUGCUCGCCUUGGCCGACCCAGGCAUCAAGGGCAUCUUGGCGCGCCAGGAGGCGGCGAACGCCUUGACGGACACACGCUGCUUCGCCAUCAUGACGGCAGGUUGCGCCUUUGAUGAGCUGCCGCAUCCAGGGUUGCCAGACGAGGUGGCUGCGAUGCUACAGGAGGCCGCUCGCGUGGCGGCGUUCGCCGUGGCGCUGGACAAGCUGGCGUACACCUGUGAUCGCAUGGAUUAUCGUCGGUUCGCGUGGCUGGUCAACGAAUACAUGCUCAGGGCGUUCAGGGCGUUCUGGACCAGUGGGGCGCGCGCGCUUCAGCGGGCACUAGGGGAGCGGCGGAUCGUGGGCAGCGCCGCGGCGGUCGGCGCGCCGGCGGCCGCGGCCAGCGGCCCGCAGGCGGCGGAGCUGGCGGCGCUGUCGGAGCUGGACGCGCUGUGCGAGGCGCUGCUGCAGCGGCUGCUGCCCGCGCUGCGGCAGGUGGUCGAGGCCGCGGCCGAGCAGGCGGCGGGCCGCGCCCUGGAGGCCUUCCGGCAUGCCCCCGGCGGCGCCGGCGCCGGCGCCCCGGGGGCCACGGCGCUGGGCGCGCUGCAGCCCGGGCAGGCGGUGACCGUGGACUGGACCUUCACCAACGCCAGCGCCGACGCGUGGGCCGCGGGGGCUCACCUGCGCUUCCUCGGGGGCCAGCUGGCGCCGCCGCCGGGGUACCGGCCCGCGGGCGCGCAGGCCCCGACGCCGGCGGGCGGGAGGCUGUCCGUGCAGGCGCCCAUGGCGAAGAAGCCUGGCCCGAGCGACGGGCAGUGGCAGCUGGAGUCGGCGGCCGGAGCCCCGCUGUCGCCCCCGCUGGUGGUGGCCGCCACUACCCUGGCGCCCGCGGUGGGCUCGCGGGCCGUGCCCGCGGCGGCGGGGCACGGCGCCAGCGUGGGGGGGGCAGUCCCUGCCGCGCCGAGCUUCGGCGGCGCCAGCCCCAGGAUGGCCGCCAGGGUCAUCGACGGCUCCGCCGCUGCCGGGCUGCUCGCGGGAUCUGCGGCGCCCAGCGCUUCCACGAGGGCGCCGCCGGCGGUGGACGUCCGCCUGCCUGGCCUUGGCGCCGUGUCGUCGGGGCCGGGCCUGCGACAGCCGCAGCCGCAGGCGCUGCAGCCGCAGCCCCAGCCGGCGGCCCUGCGGCAGCCCAGCGGGCCCCUUCCCGGCGCGCCUCUGCAGCCGGGCCCCCCCCUGGGCGUCAGCGUCUCGCUGGGCACGGCGCCCGCGGCGGCCCAGCCGACGGGGGCCGGCAGCUGGAUGCCCAGCAACUGGAUACAGAUCUUCGAGGAGUUCUUCGGGCGGGACGUGGCCGUGCGCCUGCGCAUGUUGGGCGAGAAGGAGCGCGAGCGGAUGGAGCGCCUGGUCCGGGACCACGCGCGGGCACAGGGGCGGUGCCAGGCCGACGGCACCGUGCUGCUGGACGAGGUGCUGUCUAUUGCAUCUUCGGGGGACCGACGCGGGCUCGAUGCGGACUCGACGCGGAUUUGGCAUGGAUUCGACGCGGAUUCGACACGGAUUCGACACGGAUCCGACGCGUCCGACAUGGAUUCGACACGCAUUCGACGCGGACAGGGCCGCGACGGGACAGACAAGGUCCCCCGAGGAUGCAACAUAAGGUGUUGUCCAGGCUGUACGCGCCAGUGAUCGCGCCCGGCGUGCAGAGGAGGAAAUCGGAGGCCUGGAGGUCGACAUCAGCACCACUAUCGGCGGGGUGCUUCCACCGAGGGAAGACGAUCCCGAUCUCGGUGAUGGUGUCAAUAUUCGGGCUUCUAGGUGGCCGAAGCAUUGCCACCAGCACCAGAAGCUGGGAUCAUCUUCCCCCAGUGGAGGCAACCCCCUGUGUUGGUGCUGGUGCCCAUGUCCAAGCCUCCAAUGAAAAGGUACCCAUACCGCUACCCUUGCCUUCCCCAUACCGCUACCCAUAACGCUACCGCUCUUUUUGGGCCUCCUGGGAGGCCCUCGUCGCCGCCGCUGGACUCGCCUCGACGUCCUGUUCCGAGCGCACCCCGUGACAGGUCCGGGGAGUAGCGGCACGCAUCGGUACCCUUCCCCAGGCGUGCGGAGCUGCAGCCCUGCAGACCUGGCCGAGGGGAGGGGGGGUCGAAGAAGAGAGCACGGCAUAAGCAUGAAUUGUCGGCGCUCCGCGCGGAGCUCCAGAGGUGCAUGCUCAUCGCGUGAUUGUGGUUAUUCCGGGAGGGGAGAUCAAGGGAGGAGUCCUCCCUCUUUGUAGCUGUUGCAAGCUUUUGGGCACGAAUGCGCGCUCCUUAAAGAGCACCCGCCCUUCGUCCUUGUAGCUGCUGCAAGCUUUGAGCGCGAACCUGCGCG